AUCUUCUUCGAUAAAGAAAGAGAGCGUAGAAGACUAGUAGUCUCUCAAUCUUCUUCCUCUUCGUUCGUUCCUCGCUGCGCUCUCUGGGGUUCUAUUUCUCCUGCAUGAUAGCUUAUGUUUCUAGGUUAAGUUUCCGUCUUUUUCUUCUUACUCAUCCGAAAUUGAGGUCUUCUUCUUCUUCUUCUUCUUCUUCUUCUUCUUCUUCUUCUGGGUUUUUCACUUGUCGCUAGAUAAAUGGGUUCUUCGUCGUCGUGGGUUUUGCUUGAAAUGCAAAAAGACUGUAACUUUGCUUUUCCUUUCAAGUUCUUGGCGAUUUGCAAUCUUCUUGACCCUCCCUUUACGAAAAAGAUCCCAUCUUGAUCCUCUUUUGCCACUCUCUCGUGGUUCUUUGCUUGAUCAGUUUCCAUUUGAUAUCCCUUCUUACCCCUUCCUUGUUCAGAAUCAAUCAGUGCCUAGGAUCAUCUCUUUACGUAUACGAUGUUCCCCGGGGAAGACCGUUGGUAUUUUUCAAGAGAAGAAAUAGAAAACAACUCGCCAUCAAGAGCAGAUGGUAUCGAUUUGGAGGAAGAAACUCGCCUACGCAAGUAUUACUGUUCAUUCGUGAAAGAUCUCGCUUCCAGAUUCAACCUUAAACCGGCAACAGUAGCCACUGCUAUGGUACUCUGUCACAGAUUCUUCCUUCGUCAAUCACACGCAAAGAAUGACAAAUGGAUAAUUGCAACAGUCUGCUUGUUCAUUGCGGCCAAGGUCGAGUCUACUCCACUGAAUUUAAAAACCCUCAUUGUUACUUCUAACGAGAUAUUAUACACGAAGGUUAUUGCAGCCGCCGAGCAGAAACAGGAAGUGUAUGAACGAUAUAAAGAGCUUAUGUUAAGCGGAGAGAAGCUUGUUCUUUCUACACUCAACUUUGAUCUCACUGUUGAUCUUCCUUACGAUAUUCUUAUCAAAGCAAUGCAAAAAUACAUCCUUGACGAGACUACUCAGGCUGAGUUCCCUUCGAUUGCAUGGAAAUUUGUGCAAGAUAGUUUCUGGACGACACUCUGCCUGCAGUAUCAGCCUCGUCACAUAGCAGCUGGUGCUUUUUUCUUCGCUGCCAAGCACAUUAAAAUGGACAUUCAAUCAAACGCAGAGAGCUGGUGUCGACAUUUUGACACCACGCUUCAUCAGCUGAAUGAUUUCCGUCUCCAAAUGGGCGAGCUUUAUCGUAAGAAAAAGCCGAUUCCUACAUCUACUACUGGAAGCAUAGGGGAAACGAGUAACAGUGGAGACGUUGUGCAGCAACCUGUCCCUACGGAUAAUCCUGCAAGCUCUCAAGGAGCCUCAUCGAGUGCCGCUGAUGGUUCAGUGCAAGAUAUGGAAGGAGUUGAAAGGGACAGCCCAGACCGUGAAGCUAGAGAUAAUCAAGAAGACAGUCGUGUUCGUGAUCCAGCUGCGGAGACAAGUGGUGAUUGAUGUAUUUGGUCGUUAACUAUAUGGUGAAAUAGUGGUUUAGAUUUUUAGGUGGAAGAACUAGAGGUUUUGUGCAUAGAGAUAACUAAAAGGUUUAGUGGUUAUAUACGCUGAGUUUGUGGGAACAAUUAUUAGAGUACUAUAUUUCAUCCAAACACUAGAUGGUUUUUAGUUUCAAGAUUUUUGGUUUUGGGGUUUUCAUUACUUCGCUUCAUGCUUAACCGUUAGUUUUUGGUCUUAAAGAAUUGUAAAUAUAAAUACAGUACAUGUAAAAUGUUCUUUUCCGUUUCUUCAAAAUUACUAAUGAAAUUUAUU